AUGAAUGGUCUCAUCAACACCAAUGCCUGGGUGUUAGCAGCCUGUGUUGUUCUUAUUGCCUUGGUCAUUUCAAGGUUUAAGAGAAUCGCUAGACUACCACUCCCCCCAGGUCCGAAACCGCUUCCGAUAAUGGGCAACUUCUUCCAAUUGAAUAUCACUCGACCAUGGCUAACAUAUACACACUGGAGGAAAAAAUAUGGCGAUCUAAUCUAUUUCCGCCUCCUUGGCUUCGACUUUAUCGUAGUCAAUUCGGAAAAAGUUGCAAGAGCACUCAUGGAUCAACGUUCCGCCAUAUACUCCGAUCGCCCCUUUAUUGCAACAAACAAGCUUUUUGGCGUUGAUUUUAGUACUGUCAUGCUGCCUUACCAUGGCAGUGAUUGGAAGCUUCACCGCAAGAUGUUCCACCAUGCGCUUCGCUCAGAGAGUGCAUCACGCUAUCAUGACAUCCAUACGAGUAGAGUUCGAUCAUUGCUGAAGGAUCUGCUUGAUGAUCCAUCACAUUUUGAAAUCCAUAUCCAGAGAUUUGUCGCUUCGAACGUUAUGGCAUUUACCUACGGGUACGAUGUAGCUCCGCGCAACGAUCCGAUGGUUGCCAAUGUCAAAGAACUCGUCGAUAUACUCGCAAAGGCACUCUCCCCUGAGCGUAGCGCCAUCUUGUCUGCUUUUCCAAUACUCACUCGCCUACCUGCGUGGCUCCCUGGUCCAGGAUGCCAACGUGACGCUGCUCGUGCGAGGGAAUUAGCAGGACAAGUACUUAAUGUGCCGUUCAAUCUGGUCAAGAAAAAUAUUGCUGCCGGGGUGGCGACUCAUUCCAUGGUAUCUGAUUGCUUAGCUCAGAUUGACGAGAAGGACGACCAACAUAAACAAGAAACUGCUAUAAAAGCGGCGGCGGCUACUGCUUUUAUAGGUAACUUUCCAUCUAGCUCAGCGAUGCUGCAUACAUUCAUUCUCGCCAUGAUUCUCUAUCCAGAGGUGCAGGCGAAGGGUCAAGCGGAAAUCGAUUCUGUCAUAGGGGCGACUAACAGAUUGCCAGAAUUCAACGACCGACCACUGCUACCGUAUGUCGAUGCGAUCCUUCGGGAGCUGCUGAGAUGGAUUCCUGUGGUUCCUCUGGGUAUACCCCAUGCUACUUCAAAGGACGACGUCUAUGAUGGUCGCUUCAUUCCUAAGGGCGCAUUGGUUAUAAACAACGUUUGGGCAAUGAGCAGAGAUGAAUUAAAACACGGGCCCGACGUUGAAGAGUUUAGGCCUGAGCGGCACAUCACAGCCGAAAACAACUCGAACCCCCAGCCCAUCUCCGCUGACCCAAUUUUCGGGCUCGGUCGUCGCAUAUGCCCAGGGAGAUUCACAGCAGAGGGGGUGAUCUGGAUCGCCAUCGUGAAUAUUCUCGCGACGUUUCGCAUUGUGAAGUCGAAGGAUAUCUUGGGGGAAGAAAUCAAUUUGAAGAAAGAAUUUACUGCCGGUAUAGCCAUGUGCGUGAAACCAUUAUACUCUCUUGUCUAUUCCUGA